AUGCGUUGCACACGACGGAAGCGACUUCACCUGAGCCGCGUCCUCUUCCUGCUCAGCGGGGUCUUCCUCUGCACCCUGUACCAGCUGACCAUCAGCGCCCGGCUGUCUGAGCCCUGGCACCUGCCUCAGACGGGGGAGUACCCCGCGGUGGAGGGCUCCACCCUGGAAGAGGCGGACGAGCGCACCAGCCAGACCCCGGGCAUGGAGGAACCCGCCACGGCGACCACGCCCCUGGAGCUCACCGACCCGACCACACCGGGGGUGCGGCCCGUGACGCAUCGCAUGGUUUUAAACGCCACGACGACCUCCACCGAAGCCCCUCCCAUAGUAACGACCAAUCACAAGGUCGUGCACUGCAUUUACGUGGCGCCAGUGGUGCCAGUGUCGGAGCCGGUGGAGCCGGUGGCCCCAGAGGGGACCCCCAUCGCCACGCCAACGCCCCCUCCGGGGAUCACAACCCCCCCCUCUCCCCCUGGUGAAGCCCCCCCGAUGAUGGGGGAGUACCCCCCGGACAUCUUCACCGUGGAGGACCGGAGGAGGGGCUGGGUGCUGCUCCACAUCUUCGGCAUGAUGUACAUGUUUGUUUCCCUCGCCGUCGUGUGCGACGAGUUCUUCGUUCCCGCCCUGGGCGUAAUCACGGACCAGCUGGCCAUCUCGGACGACGUGGCCGGGGCCACCUUCAUGGCCGCCGGGGGCUCGGCCCCUGAGCUCUUCACGUCCCUGAUAGGGGUCUUCAUAGCGCACAGCAACGUGGGCAUCGGCACCAUCGUGGGCUCGGCCGUGUUCAACAUCCUGUUUGUUAUCGGAAUGUGUGCGCUGGUCUCCAAGGAGAUGCUGCAUCUGACCUGGUGGCCCCUCUUCCGGGACGUGUCUUUCUACAUCCUGGGCCUCUUCCUGCUCAUCAUCUUCUUCCUGGACAACUUCAUCAUGUGGUGGGAGAGCGCCACGCUGCUGGCCGGAUACACACUCUACGUGUGCUUCAUGAAGUACAAUGUGGAGCUGGAGCGGGCCUUUAAGUCCCAGCUCCACAAGCAUAAGAACAUUGUUCAGAUCCUUGCAAUGAAGGAGCCUGACAAGGAUCUUGGAGAAGAAGAAGACAAUGUGCCUCCUAUCAAAGAGGGCAAACAAUGGUUGAAGCUGAGACCCUCCCUCCAGCGCGGUGGAAGCUCUGCCUCCCUGCACAACAGCACCAUGAGGAACAGCAUCUUCCAGCUCAUGAUCCACACGCUGGACCCCCUAGGACAGGGAAAGUUUAAGGAAAAGACUGAGACCCUAAGCAAUGUAGUCAGAGGGUUUAAGCAAUCUAAAACUAAAGGUAAAUCCGAUCCCUCACCCCAACCUAAUGCUUCAGACGAUGAAGGAAGCAAGCCUGAGCAACCCAAAGAGCCAGAGCCUGCUCCAGCCAAGGAGACCGAGAAGGCUGAACCGCAGGAAAACAAGAAGGUAGAGGACGUGCCAGCAGGGGACAAGGGCUCGGGCGGGUCACGACACUCUGGCAGCGAUGAGGAUCUCAGCGAAGAGGAGAGUUCGGAGGAAAGCGAUUUGAGCGAAAGCGAGGUCAGCGAAGAGGAGGAGGAAGAGGAGGAAAAGGAGGAGCCUUUGUCCUUAGAGUGGCCGGACAACAGACGAAAGCAAGCUACCUUCCUGUUCCUGCUGCCCAUCGUCUUCCCGCUGUGGCUGACCAUUCCUGACGUCCGCGACCCAGCAUACAAAAAAUACUUUGCAAUGACCUUCCUGGCCUCGAUCCUGUGGAUUGGUGUCUUCUCCUACCUCAUGGUUUGGUGGGCCCAUCAGGUAGGUGAAACCAUCGGCAUCUCUGAGGAGAUCAUGGGGCUGACCAUCCUGGCGGCGGGGACCUCCAUCCCUGACCUCAUCACCAGCGUGAUCGUGGCCCGGAAAGGUUUGGGGGACAUGGCUGUCUCAAGCUCAGUGGGCAGCAACAUCUUUGACAUCACUGUGGGUCUCCCAAUCCCCUGGCUCCUGUACUCCAUCACACACGGCUUCGUCCCGGUGAAGGUGAGCAGCAACGGGCUUUUCUGUGCCAUCAUCCUCCUCUUCCUCAUGCUGCUCUUCGUCAUCAUCUCCAUCGCCUGCUGCAAUUGGAAGAUGAACAAGACCCUGGGGGCCACCAUGUUCCUGCUCUACCUGGUGUUCCUCGUGCUCAGCGUGAUGCUGGAGGACCGCAUCAUCACCUGCCCCGUGUCCAUCUGA